AUGGCCUCUUCUAAGAGUCGUCUCCCCUAUCAGGAGGCCGAGGGACAUGACUUCAUAGUUGAGGAAACCCCACCGCCAUACGAGCUGAUGGCGCCGGAAGGAAAUAGCGUGGUUCAAGAUGACGGUCGAAUCGAGGUGGAUCUGGAUUCGCGAGCGUGCAGAGCAGCCUUGAAGUUCGUCCAAUGGCCUAGCGAAGAAGACGUUUUGCUCCCUCCACCGGAAUAUACAGAGUCCGUGGCCCCGGGGAUCCGAUUGAACAUCGUGAUCCAGGUCGUCGGUAGUCGAGGCGACGUGCAGCCGUUCAUUGCGCUGGGGAACGAGCUCCAGAAGUACGGACAUCGAGUGCGUCUGGCGACGCACGAUGUUUUCGACUCGUUUGUGCGGGGUUCGGGGCUCGAGUUCUAUCCGAUCGGUGGCGAUCCGGCGGAGUUGAUGGCCUAUAUGGUGAAGAACCCGGGGCUGAUCCCGAAGAUGAAGAGCUUGAAGGCGGGUGAUAUUCAGAAGAAGAGGUUGAUGGUGGCGGAGAUGCUGAAUGGGUGCUGGAGGUCGUGUAUUGAGGAUGAUCCGUCCACGCAGGUUCCGUUUGUGGCGGAUGCGAUCAUCGCCAAUCCGCCGAGUUUUGCGCAUGUGCAUUGUGCGCAGGCGUUGGGGAUUCCGCUGCAUUUGAUGUUCACGAUGCCAUGGAGUCCGACGACGGCGUAUCCGCAUCCGUUGGCGAAUCUGAAGUACUCGGGGAACAAUUCCCAGUUUGCGAAUUCGGUAUCCUAUGGGAUUGUGGAAUGGAUGACGUGGCAGGGACUUGGCGAUGUUAUCAACGAGUGGAGAGCCAUGAUAGACCUGGAACCGGUUCCUACUGGAGAAGGACCGAAUCUGGCGCAGACACUUAAAGUGCCGUUCACAUACUGCUGGUCUCCUGCGCUGUUGCCGAAACCUGCAGAUUGGCCGUCAUAUAUUGAUGUCUGCGGCUUUUUCUUUCGCGAUCCACCAAAUUACACACCGCCACCUGAUCUUGACGCCUUCCUGAGACAAGGACCACCGCCAGUCUAUAUUGGAUUCGGAAGUAUCGUGAUCGACGAUCCCCCACGAAUGACCCAAAUCCUCGAACAAACCGUCAGAAGUCUUGGAGUCCGCGCCAUCAUAUCUCGCGGCUGGAGCAAGUUAGGCGGCUCUCCGUCACACGAUAUCUUCUACCUCGGAGACUGUCCCCACGAAUGGCUGUUCCAACAUGUUUCUGCCGUUGUGCACCACGGUGGUGCCGGGACAACCGCCUGUGGUCUACGGUUUGGGAAACCGACCGUGAUCAUCCCUUUCUUUGGAGACCAGCCUUUCUGGGGCAACAUGAUAGCCGCAUCAGGUGCUGGACCACUGCCUAUUCACCACCGCGCCUUAACCGUUGAGGGACUUGCCAGGGCCAUCCAGUACUGUUUUGAACCCCGUGCACAGAAAGCUGCGGAAGAUAUCUGUAUCAGAAUGCGAGCAGAAUCUGGGGUGAAGCGGGCCGUGGAAUCUUUCCACCGCAACUUGCCAGUGGAAGUAAUGCGUUGUCAAAUUCUGCCCGAUCAGCCUGCUGUCUGGGCCUACAAGAAGUCGUCGAUGAAGCCUAUCUGUCUAUCAAAAUUAGCCACACAGCUGCUGAUGGACCACCUGAAGAUAGAACAGAAGAACCUGCAGUUAUUUGAAGCACGACCGAUAUUUAUUCAGAACCGGAGGCUCGACCCACUGAGUAGCACCACAUCAGCGGCUAUCGGCACUGGAACCAACAUGCUAAAAGCCACUACCGAUAUGCUCCUGAAACCAUACCAAGAAGCGACUCGACCUAGUUCAUCGCGAUCCAACAGCGCGCCUCAUGUGCCUACACGAUCCCGAUCUAUGCAGGACCUAACCGCAUCGCAGCCAAUGUCUGCGUCACCGGCACCAGAAACCAGCGAAGAGAGAACUAAUUGGCACCGAGGCGGAGCAGCAGUUGCGGCGGGGGCUAAGGGAUUCGGGAAAUUUCUCAGCAGUUACUCGAAGGGCAUUAUCGUUGACAUUCCGCUGGCCGCAACAGAAGGCCUUCGCGCAGUUCCAAGGCUAUACGGCGAGGAGGUGGAGGACUACCAAGUCCGGGACUGGAAAUCCGGGGCCCUGGCCGGUGGGAAGAAUUUCGCGCAUAACAUGCGCGAGGGGUUCACCGGUAUCUGGAACCAGCCUCGGAAAGGCAUAGACGAAGGGGCCCUCGGCGUGGCAAAAGGUAUCAUGAAAGGAACGAUCGGGUUUACAACGAUGGUGCCGUCUGCGGCGCUGGGUCUGGUGGCUUAUCCUGCCCAAGGACUUUGCAAGAGUCUUCAUACGGCAGUCAGAUCGAAGACGAGGAAGCAGAUCGCAAAAUCCCGACAUAGGGAGGGAGCGUAUAUGAUGCGAAAUAAGGGGACACAGAGUCUGGACCGCAGGUCGGUGAUGCAGACGUUUGAAUCAUUAAAGCGAGAAGCUCAAAAGGCGGGACCGUGA